AUGGCCGCGAGGUUCGCGAUCCUGCUGUUGCUGACCACCGCCGUCGCCGCGGUGUCCUCCGCUGGAUUUCUCGAGACGCUGCUCUCCUGGGACCUGCCCGACGCUGUGGGACGAUCGACCACUGCCCAGUCCCAGUGCCUAUGCCAGACGUCGAAUUGCCUGUGCUGCGUCGACUUGAACCUGACGGCCACGAUCGACCUCGGCGGGCCCGCAUGCAUCAACGUCAAGCAGAAGGAGCAGAACGUUUCGUUGAACUUGAGCUACGGGGAUAAUCCCGUGCACAAUGCUACCAUUAAGAUCGUGGACGCGGCGAACAAGCCAACGUGCAUGAACCUGCUGUCGGACCUCGCGCAGAUAUGCGCGAAAUUUACGUCGAUCAAACAAGCCGACGCCGGUUACGACGGGUGUUUGGUGAUCGAGCCGGCGUUGCUGGGCACACCGCAAGCCACCUACCACAUGGGAUGCUUCAAUUUCAAUCAAGUGGUGCGACAAAUCGAAGUGUCCGCCAUCACGGAGACGAUCGAACCUGCCGAGAACACGGAGGAGGAGGAGUCGUUGAACACCGAGGAGCUGAUAGCAGCCGUGACUGCCAGCGCCGAGCAAGGCAUAGCCCUGUUCUCGCAGUGGCUGGGUUUGAACUUGAACCCGAAGCUGAACUUGACGAGCAAGAACAGCAAUCAGGCGGCCAGCCAGCAGCGCAGCGAGGCGCCCACGACGUCGAGAUCCGCUCGCACCCACUGGGACCAGGAAGAGAAGAACGACGAGCGGUUCAAGCAGCUGCUCAGCGCCCAGGACAACGUUCUGAAAGGAUCGGCGACGAUCGGCCGGUCGAUCGGCGCCGAGACGACGUUCGUUUACUCGAAACCCUCCGACAUACUGGUCGAGAACGGUUCGGGCGAGAAAAAGGUCCAGGAGGUCGUCCCCGAACACCUGGCCGUGGUGCCCAAAGAGUCCAGGAGAGGCGGCCGAGCGUACAACAUCCACCAGCACGUGAACGAGAUCUGA